UUCAGGGAGCCUCACAGCAGCUACAUAGAGCCGUAAACCUGCACACAAGGCGAAUCGGGACCAAUCUGUGAUCAGUUUCCUGCAUUGGAGCCUCUUUGUUGCCAUCAGUCGACCCGGCUGCAAGGAGGAGUAGCUGGGGGAGAUAGAGAGAGAGAGAGAGAGGACUCGCCUCCUGAAAGCCCGAUCUGUCUGUGGCGGAAGGGACGUGAUAUGAACCUUUCAUCGGCUUAAACGGCAGUGCAGCUAAAUAGCCCCGUUUUGCUGGGGGGGUGGGGGGUUAGCGGAGGAUCGAGAGGACAUUUGUACCUGUAACCUGCAGAUCAAGGCCGAGAAAAGAGCGAGUGAACCUGCAGCGAUGCCCGGGUUUGAUUACAAGUUUCUGGAAAAGCCAAAGAGACGCUUCCAGUGUCCGCUCUGCAGCAAGGCGAUGCGGGAGCCGGUCCAAGUGUCUACCUGUGGACACCGGUUCUGUGACACCUGUCUGCAAGAAUUUUUAAGUGAGGGUGUCUUCAAGUGUCCAGAGGACCAGCUGCCAUUGGACUAUGCCAAGAUCUACCCGGACCCAGAGCUGGAGCAGCAGAUCUUGGCGCUACCCAUCCGUUGCAUCCACAGUGAGGAGGGCUGCCGCUGGACCGGCCAGAUGAAACAGCUGCAGGGCCACUUCUCCACCUGCGCCUUCAAUGUGAUACCCUGCCCCAACCGCUGCUCCGUCAAGCUGACGCGCCGCGACUUGCCCGACCACCUGCAGCACGAUUGCCCCAAGCGCAAGGUCAAGUGCGAGUUUUGUGGCAGCGAGUUCACCGGUGAAGCCUAUGAGAACCACCAGGGUGUGUGUCCUCAGGAGAGUGUUUACUGUGAGAACAAGUGCGGGGCGAGGAUGAUGCGUCGUCUGCUGUCCCAACACAGCAUGGCGGAGUGUCCCAAACGGACACAGCCCUGCAAGUACUGCGGAAAAGAGUUUGUCUUUGACACAAUCCAGAACCACCAGUACCACUGCCCUCGCUUUCCUGUCCAGUGCCCAAAUCAGUGCGGCACACCCAACAUUGCCCGCGAAGAUCUGGCUAACCAUGUGAAAGACAACUGCGGCAGUGCGCUCGUUCUCUGCCCUUUCAAAGACGCUGGCUGCAAACAUAGGUGCCCCAAACUGGCUAUCGGUCGUCACCUGGAAGACACCACGAAGUCUCACCUCACUAUGAUGUGUAAUCUGGUGGGCCGUCAGCGGCAGGAGAUCCUGGAGCUGCGGAGGGAGAUGGAGGAACUAUCCGUCAGCCAUGACGGCGUUCUCAUCUGGAAACUCAACGACUACUCCCGCAAACUCCAGGAGGCCAAACUCCGAAGCAACCACGAGUUCUUCAGUCCGCCCUUCUACACUCACCGCUAUGGCUACAAGCUUCAAGUCUCGGCUUUCCUGAAUGGGAACGGCAGCGGCGAGGGUUCUCACCUCUCUGUCUAUAUCCGCGUGCUGCCUGGAGAAUACGACAACCUGCUGGAAUGGCCCUUCUCCUACAAGGUGACAUUCUCCAUCCUGGACCAGAGUGACCCUUCGCUUUCCAAACCCCAGCACAUCACUGAGACCUUCAACCCCGAUCCCAACUGGAAGAAUUUCCAGAAGCCCAGCAGCACCCGCAACUCGCUGGACGAGAGCACCCUGGGCUUCGGCUACCCCAAGUUCAUCUCGCAUGAAGAGAUCAAGAAGAGGAACUACAUCCGAGACAACUGCAUCUUUGUCAAGGCUUCUAUAGAGAUUCCCCAGAAGAUAAUGGCUUAAGAUCCAAUCUUUAUCUUUUUAUGAAGGAGAAAGAUGGGUUAAAAACUGGAACUGACACUUAACCUUGAAAACUUCUACAUACUUACCCUUUAGAUACUUUCUGCCCUUACAGCCUCUCCACUACAGAGCUUGAAGUUAGUCUGUUUGGCUGUGUGAGCUGACUCGGAGGACCUUGAUAUAUCACAGAGGAGAAAGUGUUUGGUCUGCAGAACCAUCACUCUCUGGUGUUUCUUUUUUUAUUUUUAUUUUUAUCUGUUUGCUGAUCUUUAUCACAGUCUACAACAAAAAGCCUUGGAAAUCAAACAGUGCCUAGAGAGUUUAUCUUAAGUUAUAUUUUUGUUGUUAUUUCCGCAGUACAGAUGUAAAAGAUUAUGAAAAUGAUAUAAAAUAGGGGUGAAGGGCUUCACUAAGCCUCUGCACUUAGAAUAGAACGAAAGUUAGAAGCUGGUUAGAGACGUCCCGUUUUAUCUGGGGUGAUCUUAAGAAGAAGGAGCUCAGCAGACUCAAGCUCAAGCCCAACUGCCUUUUGUUUACACGCUCGUACAGUAUACUCCCACUGAUCCCUUAACAAACACAGAGCCCUUGCUAAGAGACUACUUGUGAGGUUUGUGUACACACGAACAAAUGCAUCCAUGUUUUCAGGUGAGAAACUUGCAGCUUCAACCUUGGUGAUUUUCAUGUUUUACAUUU